GCGAUGAACGUGGCCAAUUUCGAAUUCACUUGGCCUGGGCCAAUGAAGUGGCUAAAAACGGUAAUGAUCCUUCCAGUUGGAUACGCCACCUUAGGCUACCUCCCGCUCGUCGUGGUGGACCACGACGACGAGCAGUGCAUCAGCAUCCAUAUCCUUCUAGUCAUCGUUUGACAUGACGUCCACCAUCCCUUUCCCUACCUCAGGCACACCCGGCACAUCGGGAAUCAUGUCUGAGCUGCAACCAGCCGACCUGAAACAUUCAGAGCUGUCUAUGGUGACAUGCAACCCCCUCACUUAUCAAGUCUGCGACUUUGUAUACGAUAAUUCUCCAUCCACGAGCUUUCUGGAUACGGCCGAGCUCUUCUAUGAAACUCGCGCAGGUCAUUAUGAAAACCCCCUGAUCACUGCCACGUCCCGCACCCUCAUUGCAGAUAUUCACGCCCUCGUGCGCCAGUUUUCCAUAGUCGACAUUCCAAAGCCAUCCAAAAUAUUCAGCGCCCUGCUUCCCCGAGUCUUCAUCAAAGAAUCCGUCAGCUCGGACCCUUGGUUUCGUGUUCUGCGUAUCUGGUCAGAAAUUGAAGAAUUUAACGAGAGCGAGAGCUUCGACGGCCACAAAAGAAGCAUCGUCGAGCACACGCUCAACAUCCUAUUCUUCCCAGACUUGCAUAUGGGCUUCAAGAUGCCCAAGUCGCUCUCCCUGCGCACGACCGAGUCUACGCCUGCAAGUGAAACUGUACACGAGCUCUCGCUAGUCACUCCCUCACUCCCAGUUCCCGGUACGCCUUUCGCAGUUCCAUCGCCACUGCACCUCCAGCUUCACGUCAUCACGUGCCUAAGCUUCAAUGAACAGGGACGGAUAACGUAUCAUCGUGACGUGUGGGACAUGCGUGAUGUGAUAGGGCUCGUACCUGGCAUGCAUAUCGCGCAGUGGAUCUUAGGGCGGGCCGGUGCGUGGGGGCUGAGUUGGAUAGCCAAGAGACUGAGGUCCCAGCCACAUAGUACAUCGUUGAUCACGUCUGCUGAAACGAUAGUUUAGUUGUUUUUUUUUGUUUCUCUAUUGUCCUUCCUACGAUAUCUCAUAGCGAGCAUUACCGUUCGUGAUGUAUACUAGUAUAUAUUUUCAACUGUAGCUCAUCCUCGCCCUCAAACUGUAUCACUGGGUUUUUGUCUCUAUAGCCUUAUACCUAAUACCAUGACUACCUUCCUGCAUCAGAUCAAUAUUUUACUUGCAG